AUGGCGCCCGUGAAAGAUAAGCACUUCUUGCCCGAGAUUUGGGCAUUAUUCUCGCUAGGAUCAUUAUGGGUGGUAAUACGCUUUGCUGUGAGGAUUCGAACAUUUGGACUCUACAGCCUACAGAUCGAUGAUGGCUUUGCCUUCAUAGCCUUGUUCUGCUGGGCUGUCAUCAUCGCUGGAAUCAAUUGCACGUACUACACAGCAACGAACAUCGACUACAAGCCGGACGAAGUAUGGGCCUUAACUCCCGACCAGGUGAAAGGCGUUGAGUGGGGAUCUAAAUUCUACAUUAUCACACUCUACGCGUACAUCGCCAUGGUGUUCAGUCUCAAAGCCAUCGUCAUCAUCCUAUACCAGCGUCUUGCUUUCGGCUCCUGGCAAAAAAAAUUGCUGAAGUUUACCAUCGUGCUGUGUAUAUGCGGCUUCAUCGCAACGACGCUAAUGCUCAGUUUGAUGUGUUUGCCGUAUUCGCGAAGAUUCCAAGUGCAGCCGCUACCAGACAACAAGUGUACUGCGUCCUCCACCUUCUUCAUUGUAUUGAGCUGCUUGAAUGCAACGACGGAUUUGCUCCUCCUCGCCAUACCCGUUCCACUUUUAUGGACUCUCAAGAUCCCCUUGCACAAGCGCAUAGUGGUAUUUGUCCUGUUGUCGUCUGGUAUAUUCGUAAUGGCAGCAUGUAUAACCCGCGUCUCGCUGACGGUCGUUCCCAACAUCACAGUCCGCAUCAUCGCACGAUGGGGUGCACGUGAGCUGUCUACUGCUAUGGUUGCUGUCAACUCGGCCAGUCUGCGUCCGAGUAAGUGA